CCGGGCUCGCUCUCUAUGCUGAAGCCCGUGCCUCGGAGCGGGGUUCAAGUCCGCGCGAGGGAACUGCGGCGCGCAGCUGAGCGGCGGGCGAGGAGCGCGGCGCCAGCAUGGGAUGAGCCCCUGGGCUCUGCCUCUUCACCUGUCACAUGUCACAGUGAGUACAGGUCUGCGCCCCCCGGGGGGGGGGGGUUUCCCUGGGCCCCUCUUUGGGAGCUGGGAAAUUCCAGGCCCAUUCCUCUGGGGCAGCUGCAGACACGCCCCUCAGCAAAGCUGAUCCCCCCAGCAGGUGGUGGGACCCACCCCUUGGGGCCAGGGCUGGGGAGGGACUAACAGCACACUAGGCAGCUUCCUGCCACGCAUUCUGGGAUUUCUACCCCAGAGGGUGAAUGGUGGGGUAGGAACUGGGACCUGUGCACUUAGUCCUGUGCAUCUGAACAUGACCUUGGACAUAUCAUUUCACUUCCUGAGCCUCAGUGUCCUGUUCUGAUGUGGGGGAUGACAUCAUGUAUAAGGAUGCAGUAGGCCCAGCAUCAGGCUAACCCAACAAGCGCCCCAUUAGUGGACGCUGGGAUGCCUCCCUGCCCGUCUUUGCUUUUGGACAGGGUGGCCCCCGAUCCCCAUUCAGUCUCUACCUUUCAGGUUGGUCCAGAGGAGAUGACCCUCUGUCCAGGAUUUUCAGUACUACUGGCUAAUCUUGGGGUUAGGGGAGGGAGCAGGAGUAAAGGGGCCCAUGCAAAAUAUGGCUCCAUGGCCCAACUCAAAUCUAGCCAGCUGGCUAAGGGGGGGUUUCAGCUCUACAGAACUCUGGGCAGAGAAGCCCAGAUACUUGAAGAAGAUCUGACUCUGCUCUGAUCAUCCCAGUGGGGUGCAAGGCACUUGCUUUCCCCCUUUCCACCACCCUCACCAAAUCCUUUCCUGAAUAACCUGCACAGCUGCCCUGGCCUGACCAGGCCAGUCCCAGGCUUCCAAGCAACAGGAAGGUGUGUACUGGGGGGAAGUGGGAUGAUCCCCUUUAGGAGAAGGAAUUGUCCCCAGACUGAUAGCUGGUUAGGGUAGAGGCAUCUUGUUCGUGGAGGUAAUAAUACAGCCAUGGAAGUUACCUAAGAGGGGACAGAGGGUGGAGGAUGAGGACCUUAGAGAAAGACAAGGCAAGGGACUGUGUACCCCUUUCAUCCAGCUCCAUAGCUAUUUCUAACGUUCAGGAUGCUUGUGGAGAGAAGCUGGUCUCAUGCCUCCCUCACCAUCUAAACACACACCCCUGAGAGGCCUCCUGGGUCCUCUGAACUAGAGUAUUACUGUGUUGUGCCCUUGUGUCCCGGAGGGAGUUCAGUGCUGUGUAGUGACCUUGUGCAUGACUAUCUACUGUUGGACUUGACCAUCUGCACUGUGUCCUCUAAUGUGGGAUCCUCUGUGCUGCUGGUGGUACUGACUGGACUGUGGGUGUGUGUAGUGGACACACUGAUGUAGCCCAUGGCUACCUGUAGUUUAAGGACUCUCUCUUUCCAUGGAUCUGAGACCCUUCAGGGGGAACAUGGAGUAUCGGUUCUUGCUCCUGAGACAGGAAAUGAGAGUCCCCAGGGUAGGGUGAGGCACAGAUACUGGGCACUACUGCACCAUCCCUACCUCACCCCCAUGGUCACACCUGGUAGACAGUUUUGCAAACCCUUUCUCCUCUGUUGUCUCUUUGAGCAUGUGGUGACUCUAUAUGGAAGAUGGGGCAGAGUCUUGCUCCCUUCGGUCACUGAGGCCUGGGCAUGGGAGGUGCCCGAGUGUCAGGGCCCAUGGGGAGAAAGUGAGGGCAGGGCAGGGGACCUGCUUCUCUUCUGGCCUCCUCCUCCAGUAGUAGUGACAGGAAUUAAGAGCAUUCUCAACCACAAUGAUGUCUGUGGCUGGGUAAGCUUGUCAUGAUAUGGGGUGUCAGGUUGGAAGACAAGAUGCUCCAGUUUUAACCCUUGUGCUGUGGGUGACAUCCUGAGUCCCUACUAGACAUUGGGCAGCUGUGGUGCUGGGGUCACAGGCAUUGUCACUUUGACCAGUCUUUGACCAUGGACAAGCUACCUCACCUUUGCAAGGCCUGGGGCGCUUACCUGAAAAAAAGGAUGGCAACUAUGUCACAGGACCCAGUGGGACCCCUCUGCCGGGGCUGCCCAGCACCUGUCAUUCCCAACCUGGAUAAGUCCCUUGCCCCUGUGUGGCCUCUGACACCCCAGAAGGGUUGAGCAUCUGGGGACAGGGAGGGGAGGAGAGGGAAAGUUACUUUAUGUCCAGGGUGAGGCUGGGGGAGAGAGGCAGACCACUCCUACCCUCGUCACCACCCCACCCCCAGCAGAGCUUUGUCUUCCACAAACACAAAACCUGGAAGUGCUGAAGGAAGAUGGAACCUCCUAAAGACCAUUGUUUAGUGUGGGAGUGGGUGUCCGGGAAGCAUGUUGGCUUGGGGGGACCACAGCUGCUGAGUGCUUGUGGGGCAUCUGUCCUGUCUGAGAUUGGGAGCCAUGGCUGGGUGGGGGAAGAGGAAGCAGAAAAGGUGACAUGUGUUCAUUCUGCAAGUCUUUUCUGAAUGCCUACUGUCUACUGGACUGGGCACAAGGGAUCCAGUGGGCCUCAGGAAGGCCCCACCCUCUAGGGUGUAGUCCAGCACCAUGGGACCUGUCCAUAGCCUGGUCACUGGCCACCCAGCAGUGGCAUUCCUGUUGGAACAGCUAAGCUCAGCUUGAACCAGUCUGUGUUGACCCUGGCUACAGGCCAGGCUCCAGACCAGGUUCUUUGUCCUGUUAUCAUCCUCAUCCUCCAGCAUCCCUGAGCGAUAAGGGUUGUCAUGCCAUUGUCCAGAGGAGGAAGCCAGGGCCCACACACUGAUUGGUCAGGAUUUAAGAUGCCCGCCCCUGCCGGGUGGUGAGCUUUGGUAGCAAAGAUAAGGGCUGGCAGGGCCCUAUCCACCCUUCAUGCCCUCUUCCCUCUGCCUCCCUCCACUGCCCCUUGUGAACACCUGUUCCGGAAAACCGGACCAUUGUUUGAGCCAUCCUUCCUCCCCUUAGGCCUUUCCUGUUUGUAUCCCUCCUACUGUGGCCCCCAACCCCACCCAUGCCAGGUGCUUCCCUUGGGGAACUCUGACCCUCUGCAGGAAGAGGUGUUAAUUUGGGUUUUCCCCCUUCCAAGGAAAGAAGGAAUGGAGAGUCUGAGGUCACUGGCCCUUGUUCUCUGUACCCUCUGCCCAAACCUCAAAAUGGGUUGGGAGUCUGGCAGCAAAGUGAGCAAGGUCAGAAUCAUAUAGAGCCUGAGACUGCAACUGGUCCAGUCCUGCCUGGGAGAGACCCUUCUGUUUCAUGGUCUGUCCACUGUGACCCUGCUCCCUUGUAUGUCCCAAUCACACACCAGCCACUAGCUGGAUCUCGGGCACCAGACAGGGGGCUUUGGGACUGUACCUCCUUUCUCUUGCCAACCUAGGAAUCCUGUCCCAGUUCCUCUCUGGGACCGCCAUCUACCUCUCUUGGUCCUGAGUGGGUGGGGAGUGGACACAGAGCUAGCACCUGUUUUUAGGGCAUCAGAGGAGUUGGGCUGCAAGUGCCUGGCUGCCCCUGAUGGACCUUCCUGAUUCCCAGAAGCAGCUGCCUGUGCCCUGUUGAAACUUCAUGGCCACAGCCCCAGGCCCUACAGGCAUUGCCAUGGGCAGCGUGGGCAGCCUGUUGGAACGGCAGGACUUCUCCCCUGAAGAGCUGCGGGCUGCACUCGCAGGGUCCAGGGGCUCCCGACAGCCUGAUGGGCUCCUUCGGAAGGGCUUGGGCCAGCGUGAGCUCCUCAGCUACCUGCACCUGCCCAAGAAGGACAGCAAGACCUCCAAGCGGGCCCCUCGGAAUGAGCCUGCUGACUAUGCCACCCUCUACUACCGGGAACAUCCCCGGGCUGGUGACUUCAGCAAGACAUCACUGCCUGAGCGGGGUCGAUUCGACAAGUGCCGCAUUCGCCCAUCGGUGUUCAAGCCUGUAUCAGGCAACGGGAAAGGCUUCCUGUCCAUGCAGAGCCUGGCGGCCCACAAGGGCCAGAAGCUGUGGCGCAGCAAUGGCAGCCUGCACACGCUGGCCUGCCAUCCGCCCCUGAGCCCUGGGCCCCGGGCCAGCCAGGCGCAGGCCCGGGCCCAACUGUUGCAUGCCCUCAGCCUGGAUGAGGGUGGCCCUGAGCCGGAGCCCAGCCUGUCUGACUCCUCCAGUGGGGGCAGCUUUGGCCUCAGUCCCGGCACCGGCCCUGGUCCAUUCAGCUCCUCCCUGGGCCACAUCAAUCAUCUUGGGGGUUCCCUGGACCGGGCUUCACGGAGCCCCAAGGAGGCUGGGCCACUGGCUGUGCUGAGCUGCCUGCCGGAGCCCCCACCCCCCUACGAGUUCUCCUGCCCCACAGCCGAGGAGGUGGUAGCUGUGCUGCCUGAGACCUGUGAGGAGCUCAAGCGGGGUCUUGGGGAUGAGGAUGGCUCUAAUCCGUUCACGCAGGUGCUAGAGGAGCGCCAGCGGUUAUGGCUGUCUGAGCUGAAGCGCCUAUAUGUGGAGCGGCUGCAUGAGGUGGCCCAGAAGGCCGAGCGCAGUGAGCGCAACCUCCAGCUACAGUUGUUCAUGGCCCAGCAGGAGCAGCGGCGCCUGCGCAAGGAGCUGCGGGCACAACAGGGCCUGGCCCCUGAGCCCCGGCCCCCAGGUUCCCUCCCAGAGGCCGACCCCAGUGCUCGACCAGAGGAGGAAGCCCGAUGGGAGGUGUGCCAGAAGACAGCGGAGAUUAGUCUGCUGAAGCAACAGCUGCGAGAGGCCCAGGCUGAGCUAGCGCAAAAGCUGGCUGAGAUUUUCAGCCUGAAGACACAACUGCGGACCAGCCGGGCACAAACUCAGGCUCAGGACGCAGAGCUAGCCCGGCUGCGUGAGGCUGUGCGAAGCCUGCAAGAGCAGGCCCCUCGGGAGGAAGCUCCAGGCAGCUGUGAGACUGAUGACUGCAAGAGCCGGGGGCUGCUAGGGGAGGCCGGAAGCAGCGAGGCCGGAGAUGGCUCUGAGCAGCUGAGGGCAGAGCUGUUGCAGGAGAGGCUCCGGGGGCAGGAGCAGGCACUGUGCUUCGAGCAAGAGCGGCGGACGUGGCAGGAGGAGAAAGAGCGGGUGCUGCGCUACCAGCGAGAAAUCCAGGGGAGCUACAUGGACAUGUAUCGCCGCAACCAGGCACUGGAGCAGGAGCUACGGGCACUGCGGGAGCCCCCCACACCUUGGAGUCCUCGACUUGAGUCCUCUAAGAUCUGAGGCUAGCGGAGCAAGCUGAUAGCAGAAGCACUGUCAGAAGAUGGCGUGGACAAGCCCGCUCUGAGACGGUCGGCUCCUUUCUUACUUGGCCAGGGGCAAGAUCUGCGAGGCCAGCCAGGGAUGGGGAAGCCCGCUGAGAGGAGGGAUCAGUGGGGCUGUGGGCUGGAAAGGGUGCCAGCAGCAGGAGCCAGGGCAAGGCCCUCCUGGCAGAGAAGCACCUAGGCAGGGCCCUACCCUGCUGCCUGGAGUAGGUGUGGCCCGAGGAAAGAGGUUGGGGAAUGAAGAACCCCAAGAUGCAGAGGCAUGAGGGAGGGAGGCUGGGAUGGGAACAUUGGCCUCCCCAGAAUAAAACCAUGUUUUGUAUGAGGAGGGCCCUGGUAAUCCAUUGGAUUUGUUCCCCACUUGAGUCUAGAAAAUACUGAAUGGUAGAGAUUAGGGGCUACCUGGGCUGGAGCUCCUUCCAUGGUCACCAUUAGCAGAAGGGCAUGGCCCAUGCCUGUGUGUGCAGCAGCUGGGCAUGUGUGUUGGAGAGGAAUCCUUGCACCAGCAUCACAGUUUUGUAGCUGCUGUGUGGGCUGAAAUUCCUUUCUUCGGCACCAGUGGGAUUUUUCAGAAGGAACAACGCCAGGGAACCUAGGAUAACAAAAGGGCAAGUCAACCAAGGUCUUGCUAGAACAUGAAGCAGUGUCUUGGUGGGAAGCCUGGACCCCAGUUGCCCAGGCCCCUUCUGCAUUUAGUGUUGGCCUAAGACAGCCUCUGCUGGAGCACCCAAAGCUCCAGGAGGACUCUGCUUCUCUCUGAAUGCGCCUCCCAUCCUUCUGUCUUACUGGUGCACCCUUCCCUCCACAGUGAUAGGGGAGCUGUGGGAAGGUGCCAGAGACAAGGCAGAGAAAGCUUGUGGGACACUUGGUACCCCAGCAAGGACUGGAAACAUGUCCCUGAAGGCAUAGAGGGCCAUGUAGUUAUAUUCUGGAAGCUCUGUUCCACGAGGAAGCAGCCCCCCUUUUCUGAAACUCAGUGUCCUUCCAGGAGCAUUGUUUUAACUGCUGCUGUGCAUGGAGGGUUCCGAUGGGCCAGGUGCUGUUGGGCCUUCAGGGUUUGGGCUGCUGUGCUUCCUGUCCCAGAGCAGCCAGCAUACAGACGUCUCCCCUCCCAGACUCUGCCCUGGUGGGUCAGCGGCUUAUUCCUAGUUCUUUCGAAACCUCCAAUUUGUUCACAUAGGGGGCGGUCCCUUCUCCUCUGGCCAUACCCGGGAACUCCCACAGGACCCCAGCUGGCAGGUUCCAGUGUCCUGUGGGAGCACAGCAGUACCAAUGGGAAUGGGGCUGUGGGAUGUGAAUUUGGGUUCUCCGCCUUUUUAGGGUGGAGAAUGGUGUGUGAGCUCUUGGUUGUGAGGAUGUUGUGUUUAUGGCCCUGUGAGUGGCAGGUGUGUAGAGAUGUGCUGUGGGUGGUGGGUGUGUCCAAGGGGGUGUGUUUGGGACUCCUGGUUUGGAGGCCUGGAGGAUUGCUUCUUGAUCCCUCCCUCUGCCCGUUCCUUCCCCUCCAACCCCCAGUCCCUGAGCCUAACUGAGACCCGUCUAGACCCAUCCUGAGCUCAGGUCCUCUGCCUAGGGUCAGAAAUGGGUAGCCCAUUUCAUAGACCAAAGUCUCUGAGUCAGUGGCCCUUCAACAACCCCCUGUCCAAAGCCAAGCCACUCUUUCCCCACUCUUUCAGGGUCUUUCCCUGGCCCUAGUGCUGGUCAGGUGAGGGAUCCCAGUGACCAGGGUCCACCUUUUGGUGUACCAGCCCUGAAAAUAGCUCUCCACCCAGCAAUUAGGGAGCUGGGCUGGCCAGUACAGCGAGCGGGGAGUGGGUGGGCGGUACCAAAACUUGGCAGCUGUGCCAGAAACCAAGGCCAGGCCCAGAUGCAGGGGAAGGGCACCAGAGAACAACCUGGGAGUCUCAAAGGGAACCAGAUCCCUGUUAGUUCAUCCCUGCUGGGCAAACCAGUUCCUGGUCCCCAAGCCGGCUGGGUGGCUCAGGCCAGCAGCUCACAGGUGCCACUGUGCAGCUACUGCUUCAGGGCAACCACUCCCUCCUACUGCUGUUGGGUCCCUCAGCUUCCCAGUUGCCCUCAGGCUCCUCCCCCAGCAGACUAGGUCCAGACAGCCAAUUUUCUCCACAACCAAGGGGCGAUGCCCACUACCCUACCCCUACCUCCACACACACAGGGCUCCCUGCCUAGGUCCUUCCUGUUCUUAGCUGAGGAAUUGUCACACUUAGUGGUGCCCACUGACCCUUUGCAGCAUUCUGGGCCCAGACCCUGUGUAUGUCUUCUCCACCAGCUCUUUGCCUGCUACUAUAAUUGUGGGUUUUUUUGUUUUGUUUUGUUUUCUCUGGGCUCUGGAAUUGCCUAGGCAGGUCCAUAUCUUCUGUUUUCAUCCCAAGAACCUUUUCUGGCUCUAGCCCAGAAUUACUGAUGGGCUGGGCUGGGGAUGGGAUAUGUCCAGUGGGCAAGAUGCCAGCUCUGAGUGUUCAUCACUCCUGACAGUUGGUCUGCUAAGCCCUAGGACUCCAGAAUCCAGUGACUGGGUGAUGUAUUGCUGCCUCCCUCAGGGUCAGAUAUGGUUUCAGAUGAGGAAGCUGAGGCGAUCAAGUCCCCUACCCUGGUGGCCCUUCCCAGAGGGUAGGUAGAGAGACAUGAUAGUGACUGGGCCAAAAGCAUGCAACAUACAUGGGGACAAUGGCAGACUCUCCGUGGUGAUGAGUGACAGCAGAGCAAGGAAAAGUCAGAGGGACCCUGUCUGGGGGCAUGAAGUAAAUUUCUGAGACUGUGGGGAUGUAAAUAUUAGGGAGCCUUUCUCCCAAGAGGGCAUAGGCCCCACAGUCGUAAUUCUGACUGCAUAGCCCACCACCCUGGUAGGGGGGGCCUUAGCUCUGUCUUUUGAAUUUAGAAGAGAAAUAGAAUGUGCUGUUUGUUGCAAUAAAAACAAAAGAGAUGGCACAAGAGAGCAGAGGCAUGAGUGUGUAGGGGUUUAGAGGAGAGCUGGCUCCCUUAUCACUCCAGGUGUAGGUGGCGGGUAGGGUGGCAAAGGUUGACCAAACUUGGAUAGGUACUUUUUAACUAGGCCUGGACUUAUUCUGUGUCCUCCCUUAUUUAGUCCAGUUCUAGCAAGAAUUCCUGCUAAGUUUAGCCAGAAUCCCCAGCCUCCAAAUCUGAUCACCUUACACAUCUAAUGAGGCUCCUCACCUGCACUCCUGCUGAUGCAGCCCUCGGACCUGCCUUCAAUGAGACGGCUCAGAAUCCCUGAUUCCUGAGUCAUUUUUCCUCCCCUGGCCAAACACCACCACCACCAUCACCACCCCACCCUUGCUAUAAAUUCUACUUUUCCUAGUAUUUGGAAUUGAGCCCACACUCUACUACUCUGGAACCCCAUUGUGGUAACCCUUCUUAAAUAAAGCCUCUAACAAUGGUCAUGAUUUUUUUUUUUUUCUUUAAUGGGGUAAGCUCUAAGGGGAAGUUGGAUUUCUUCAGGAGUAGCCUGGGAAGACAGCCUGCUAGGGUAGGCCUGAACUUGGACACAGGGAAGUUUGGGGCCAGUCUGAGAGAGGGUCCUAUCCCUUCCAAAAGGAAAGAGGUGACAGGAGGCAUGGUUGACCCGGGACAGCCUGGGAAGCUGGUCCUGGAGGACUUAACCUCCUGAGGCUGUGGACUGGUCUCAGGCAGCCCAGGGGGAUAGGCCAGAGCCCGGAGCUACAUCCUCAGAAAAACGCUACACUUGGUGCAAUUCUCUGCAGUUGCCAUCUUACAUGUCUUAAUGUUUUGAGAAGGGCUCCACACAUUGUCAUUUUGCUCUGGGGCCUGCCAGUGAUGAUCCAAAGCUGGCUAGGAAGGACAGGAACGGAGGCCAGCUACGGCUCCAAAGGUGGAGGAAAGAGAAAGCCUGUCUCCCAGGGAUGGGCCGGGAUGCUCCCAGGUCCCAGAGUGCAGCAGGGACCAUGUCACCUCCCAUACUCCCCUCCCACCCCCAUCAUGGGAGUGUCCAUCUUUUCCCCUUUGGGGGCUGGCUUCUAAAACUCCCUUUCGGGAGACUAGAAAGGCUGAAUUUUCACGAGCACUCCAGGGCAAUUUUUAUUGUUUUUUGUUUUUUUUUUUAAGAUUUAUAUAGUGUGCUCUUUGUGUACCUGUUCCCACCACCCAUUUAAGGUGUAAAUUGCAUACCAAAAAAAAAAAAAAAUCACCCUUUUUAGGGUACACUUUUUUUAGAGCUUUGAUCCAGAACAUUUCCAUUACCCCCUCCAUUACCCUGUGCCCUGCUACUCUAGUUAACCCCUGAUCUGUUCAAUAAACUUUUGUUUUUCUUUUUUACCGUGUGUGUUAGAGCAUAUUACAAAGUGGCAAGUAAAGAUAUGACGUUGGUAUAAAAUAAAACUACAUCUUAGUGGAAAGAAUGUGAAGGGCCAUUUCACAUACCCCUUUUAAGUAUGCA